AUGGAAGGCCUCAUCCCGCUGCUCUACAAGGCCAUCAAGGACCGUCGGAGCAACGCCGGCGCCGGCGGCCGUGCCUACCGCACCGGAGGUGCGCUCCCCUCCUCGGCGCCCGUGGACCUGGACGACCCCGAGCAGAGGAGGCGGUGGCUGCAGCAGGAGCUGCGGUCCCCGGUCCACGCGGCGACGACGGCGUCGGCGGCGGCCGAGGGGUCGUCGCUGCUGCACCGGCGGAACCUGUCGCUGGAGGAGCUGGCGGGCGAGGUGGGGCUCUCGCCCGACCGGCGGCUCAUCCGGGUGCCGCUGCCCAAGGCCAGGAGCGUCCGCGCCUUCGCCUGCAUCGGCGCCGCCUGA